UUGAAGAAAUCCCGUGUGGAAAGAAGCAAGAUGAACUACCAGUUUGUCUUGCUUUUUUGGUCUUUAUUGGCAGCAGUUUCUGUCGAUGGUUGCGGAGUUGGCUGGGUGCAACACAACAACCUAUGUUAUCAAGUAGUAGCCGAGAGGGCUGAUUGGCUGACUGCGCGUCAAAAUUGCCACACCAAGGGAGGUGAUCUCGUUGUCAUACCCAACCAAGAAACAGCGAGCUUCUUAAAUGAAACGCUGGCCGGAGUUCAAGGUUCCCAUUGGAUAGGCCUGCAUACCCGCAGCACAUCCCCGGAUUUUGUAUGGGUGGACGACUUGACAAAUGUAACCGAGUUUUCCAACUGGGCUCCCGCUCAACCGAACUAUUCGUCUUUUUCAAGUGAAGAAUGCGUAUACAUUUCAAGCGGUUCUGGUCUGUGGUACUCUGCCAGUUGUGAUUGGUUGUCUUAUCCUUACAUCUGUCAACGCGAGAUGGGUAUUCUACCAAAGUGUGACGUUGGCAACGGCUGGCAAAGUCACAAUGGCAAGUGCUACAAGGUGUUAAAUGAACUGCUUAAGUGGCAGAGCGCAGAAGAGUCUUGUGCCUCUUAUCCAGGCGGUCAUCUUGCCUCGGCUACUAGCCACGAUGAUGUGAUGUUUAUUACCAACAUGUGGGUCACAUCCGGCUCAUCAUUGUGGAUUGGACUCUCAGAUAAGAAUCGCACUGUCGCGGGGGACUACGUGUGGUCGGAUGGUUCCACGUACACUGACGCGUACACCAACUGGGAGAACAGUCAACCAAACAAUGAUUACUUCGGCGAUGGUGGUGACUGUGCGGAAGUCGGAGAAGAAGGCGAAUGGCGUAUACGAGGAUGCGCCACAAAUUACAGAUACCCAUUGUGUGCUAUAUCGGAAGGCACCUGUGCACAAGGAUGGCAUAUCGUAAAUGGGCACUGCUAUCAAGUAAAUUCUUACGCACGUAAGACGUGGACGGAUGCUAAACGUCACUGCGAGGCGCAGGAUGGAUACCUUGUGACUGUUCAGGGGUCUUUCGAAACAACACUGAUUCAAGGCUUCCUACCAGAUCUGACAGAUUUGGGUGUCAAAACGCUCUUCAUCGGCAUAUCAGACCAGAAGGAGGACGGUGUGUUUAGGUGGGUGGAUGAUGCCCCAACAACAUACGACAUCUGGGCACCGUCUCAGCCGAUGAACACAAAUCACACGGACUGUGGCUAUAUCUUUACUGGCAAUUUGGCUGCGGAGUGGAUGACUGGUGAUUGUUUUGAACUCGGUGCUUACAUCUGUGAAAUAUCUGCAGGUGUUCCCGUAAACCCUGUGCCACCUGAAAUGGAAACGGGCAAGUGCGAGCCUGGAUGGGCUCUUCAUGGUAACUUUUGCUACGAGUUUAGCCUUGAAAAACAGACUUGGGCAGAUGCCAAUACUUCCUGCGUGAACUUGGGAAGUCAGCUGGCCAGCAUACACGGUGACAGAGAGCAAUCGUUUUUUUCAAUACGAUUACCAGAACUGGAGGACUGA